ACACACACACCUGCUUACCUUGGGUACCACUGUUACAAGCCACACCAAAUUAGACGAGUCUGCACUUCACUAUCCUUAUGAAUUACUAUUUGACUUACAGGAUCAUUAACCUACACAUUUGUGACAAAUUACAGGUAAAUACAGUGUAGUGGUUAUGCUGUAGGGGUCAUAUAUUUAUUUUGUUGGUAUGAAUAUUGGCUGCAGGUGUCCCCUUAGAGUGAAGCAUCAAUGCAAAACAAUACAUAGAUCUUCUGAUCAACUUUCUGCACCUUCUGUACUGCUCGCUGGAGGCGAGAUGGUUCACCAGAAUAAUCUGGAAUGAAGCACAUGCAUUGGUUUAUUGGCACGAGAACAUUGUUUGCUUAAUCAGUUCUCAAUUUACAGACAGCGGCGGUGUGAAUAACUGCCAGGCCGCUCUGUCAGCUCGUGUGACUAGAAGCGGAGAUGGCCGUAGAGAGCAGAGGGUAAGAGGAUGGAGAUUAUUCACAUCGUUCCUGGAGUAAAUCUGAGGAGAAGCUCAGGAUCCUGUAGGUUAUUAUUACUGCAGGCUGAUCGCUCAAGCUUAAUGUCUCCUGUUACUCUUUGGCCAGACAGACAGUAAGACAAUGCUGGAUUAUGUUUCUUAGGACGUCUUCCUGAUCCUUGUCCUCUAAAAGCAGCUCUAGUUUAUAUCGGAGAAGGCCGGCGACUUCACCACAGUCGUGUUCUGCCUGCUGGAGGAUGUGGUGCUACACUUCACCUGUUUGAUGGACACGCCUUAUAAACAGUGGCACCUUUUACAGCCCCACGUGUUUAAUGUGGACUUUGCUGGACAUCAGCGAGGAGGGCAAUCAAGAAAAACACAAACACACCACUUUACAGCAAAACUAAGGUUGAGGAGCACAAAAUGGAUGCCUUUUCCAUUAAGGUGGUAGACAAUACAGCGGGUAGGCUAGAACAUCAUGCUAGCUCUCAGGCCCAGGUCAAACACUUCUACAAAAAAGAUGAUGUUGGAGGAAGUGGGAAAUGCAAAGCAGAUGGAGGCAUCGGCCCUGAAGAGGCAACACCUCAAGAAAGCCCCGCCUCUUUUAACAGAGACCAAAUCAUUGUUGAAGUGAACCUUAACAACCAGACUCUAAAUGUUUCCAAGGGGCCAGAGGGCAAGAGCAGAGAGCGAGGUCAGACUCGUCAUCGCACCAACGAUGAAGAUAAAGACUAUGAGCAGAGGCAGGAAGAGAUGGAAAUUAGCACAGAGGAGGAGGAAAAGGAUGAUGAUGAAGAAGAAGAGGAGGAAGAAGAAGAUGAUGAGGAUGAUGAUGGUGAUGAAGAGGAGAACGAACUUAGCAUUCCAGAGGUUCCACUGACAAUCAUGGAGAGACCGCGGCGUGGGACGAGAGCGAGCACUGUGGCGUUGUGCCAGGGUUUGGGUAGUGGCAUGCGGGCACAGAGGAAGAUGGAACAGGAGAGUUUGGGCCAGAAGGUAAAGCUGGAGGAAAAGCAGCACUUUGCUUGCAAGAAAUGUCCGCGUGUAUUUAACAAUCGCUGGUACCUGGAGAAACACACCAACGUCACACACAAUCGCAUGCAGAUCUGCAAUAAGUGCGGCAAACGCUUCCUUCUGGAGAGUGAGCUGCUGCUGCACCAUCAGACCAGCUGUGAGAAGAGCAUACAGUGUGUGACCUGUGGGAAGGCCUUUAAGAAGUUAUGGUCACUCCACGAGCACAACAAGGUCGUCCAUGGCUACGCUGAGAAGAAAUUCUCCUGCGAGGUGUGUGACAAGAAGUUCUACACAAUGGCGCAUGUCAGGAAGCACAUGGUGGCCCACACAAAGGACAUGCCGUUCACGUGUGAGACAUGCGGGAAGUCGUUUAAACGCAGUAUGUCUCUGAAGGUGCACUCUCUGCAGCACUCGGGGGAAAAACCCUUCAGGUGUGAGAACUGCAGUGAACGGUUCCAGUAUAAGUACCAACUUCGCUCUCACAUGAGCAUCCACAUCGGCCACAAGCAGUUCAUGUGCCAGUGGUGCGGCAAAGACUUCAACAUGAAGCAAUACUUUGACGAGCACAUGAAGACCCACACUGGUGAGAAGCCGUACAUCUGCGAGAUCUGCGGGAAGAGCUUCACCAGCCGGCCCAACAUGAAGCGGCACCGGCGCACACACACAGGCGAGAAGCCGUACCCGUGUGACGUGUGUGGCCAGCGCUUCCGCUUCUCCAACAUGCUCAAGGCGCACAAGGAGAAGUGCUUCAGGCUUAGCAGCUCUUUAGGAGAUGACAGCAGCGUGACCUCGGGGGCUGAAGGGUCACACCCUUCCUCUCUUCCUCUCCUCCACUCCAUUAGUGGCCUUCCUUCUCCUCCUUCUCCUCCUCCUCCUCCUGCUUUAUUUUCCAAUUCAAGUAACGACUAACAAGCGUUUUUCUGUGGAAACCUGGAACUCUUUUUAUUUUUCCCUUCUAGUUUUUUUAGUGUGGUGAACCAAAAGCAGUAGUCGAUUCCACUCCGUGGGGGGAUGUCAUGCAGGGGAGUUUGAAUGUUGUAGCAGGCUUUUGGAACAGUGUGUGACACUCGUUUUCAAGAGAUGUUUUAUACACAAUCAAGAUUGGCUCCUUAUAGUACUUGUUCUCAAAUGAUGCAUUAUCGUGGGUAAGUUCUCAUGCACAGCUGUCUGCGCAAACGUCUUUACAGACUCUACGCCCUGUCUGUUCUGCUCGUGUGUGUGUGUGUGUGUGUGUGUAGAUGCUAGCGCCUGUCCUUGGCUCUCAGUGGAGUCGCGUUGUCUGUUGUGUAUCCAGCCAGCAGAGGGAGGCGUGUGACUGAGCAGCAAUGCAAAAGAGAUUAUUUUUUUCUCUUUGACGAGAAGGUGCCGAUGCCGAUAACCAAAUCCCUGCGUCCCUGCAGUAACCAAACCCUGUGUGCUUAUUAAUGAGGUAUAACGUGUUUAUAAUCACUCUUGCACCUUAUUUCUAACUUUAACCAUAUCAGCACUGAUGUUGUAUUGGUUAAUGUUGUCUGAUUUGAUGCCAUGUCUCUGGCACAUGAGGGUGGGGUUGUGGACUGAGAAAGUGGGCGGAGUUAACCUGCGGAUGUUACAUAUUUAAACAAUUUUCAUUUUGUUUUUUUCUUUUUUUUUCUUUUAAUGUAACAUUGCACUUUAUUAAAAUCAGUCUGCAUAUCGGCCAUAAACACGACUGAGAUAUCAGGAUCGGAAGCCUCCGAUUCUGUAGAUGUCUAGCAUUAUAGCAAUAUACAUGUAUUCAACUAAAGACGUUUGCAAUUUUGUACAUUUGUCUGUACCUCGAAUAAUUACGGUACAUUCAUGUUUUGAAAAUGUAGCUUAUUAUGAAUUCACUCGUUCUAACGUUACACUUCAUUUUCAAAAUCUUGUUUUGAGAUCGUUUGAUUUUUUUUUCCUUGCAAAGUUGCCCAGGUUAUACUCCUAGAAGAAGCUGUUACUUCAAUCUAAAUGACUCAUCUUUAUUGAGAAUAAGUCACUGAGAUAUAUGUUCAUUACAAUAUAAUAAAACUAAUUAAAAAGCUUAAUAGAAAUAGAUGUAGAACAUCACUUUAGAGAGUAAAGGCUUUGUGGCUCUGUUUAGCUUCAUGGAUAUUUCAGAACUUCUCUAAAAUGGUAUUUGUGUCACUAGAAUUUGGAUUUGAAUUUAAUGAAUUGAGUUUUAUAUUUUAAAAUUCAAACCCACCGUAUUUAUAUUUAGAUAAACUUUAUUUUUAAAACGACAAAAAGCAGCGUUUUCAGAUUCUGUGAAUUGAAUUUUCGAUUCAUUUUCCGGCUGCUAAUUGGUUCAAAUGAAACUAAUUGCAAUUCUAGAAAAUUAAAAUGUAAACCACUGUGUGUAUAUUUUCAUUUUGGAGUUCAAUUGAAUUUCGAUAUAAGAUGUACUUUUCGAGUCUUGCAUUCCUUUUCACAUGAGGGAUAAAAAAAAAAAUCUGAUUAAAUAAAAAAAUGAAAACAAAAUCGAAUAGAAAUACUAGUGACAGAAAUAUCAUUGGGAAGCCGAACAGAAAAAGGUUACGCAUAGAUGUACACAUUUAGUAGUUUAAGUCACAGAUCAUCUGCAUCCUACUAUGAAUAUAGUUAGAAAGUAAAUGAAAAUAAAUAGAAAUAUGUAAAAAUUUCAAACUUACACACAUUAAUUAGCCCUUUUGAAGACUAUAGGGAGAAAUUGCGUAAGAUCAAAUUUAAGAAAUGAGAUUUUACAGCUUCUAGAGAUUAUAAGAGUCUCAUUAACCAAGUAUUAGACAGGUUUCUGCAUCUAAAAUAGUGAACUCAGUAUAAUAUAGCUUUAAUAAGCAGCUAUUACAAACACUAUAUAACCCCUAUUAACAUGCACACACUGCGUAAGCUGUAAAUAAGUUGUGUACUUAAUGUCAUUUACUGUAUAAGCAGUUUUUUCAAUUUGGUUUUGUUUACAUCGUGCUGGAAGUCAGUCGAAUGUGAAGACGUGCGAUGAAGUAGCCGAUACUUAGGAAAGACCUUGACCUUGAAAGUUAGAAGUUGGGAGUAGAUACUCUUGUAUUUGUAUGUGCAGAUCUGAAAUGAUCUUUCAAGGGAGGAAGGGAGGGGGGAAGGGGGGACAGAAGGAAGAAAGAGAGAGAGGAAGGAAGGAAGGAAGGGAAAGUGAGAGAGAGAGAGAGAGAGAGAGAGAG